GAUGUUUCACACUUCUUCCGGCUUGUGCGUCGUAGCCGGCCAAGAUGGCGUCUCAACAGCAGCAGCCCGGUGGGCCGAUGUCUCAGCCCGGAUUACAGCAGUCUGCUUCACUACAACAACAACAACAACAACAACAACUGAGCCAACAGCAAGACUUUGAUCCAGUUCAUAGGUUUAAAAUGCUUAUUCCACAGCUGAAGGAGAGUCUGCAGAACUUAAUGAAGAUUGCAUCCCUGAAUUUGGCCCAUAACACCACAAUUGACAACGGCAUCAAAAGCAGCGACACCUCUGUGCAGCGCUUUGACAAAAGCCUAGAAGAAUUUUAUGCUCUCUGCGAUCAGCUGGAGCUGUGUUUGCGCCUGGCAUACGAGUGCCUCUCCCAGAGCAUUGACAGCGCCAAACAUUCACCCAACCUGGUCCCAACAGCCACCAAGCCAGACACAGUGCAGACGGAGUCCAUGUCUUAUGCCCAGUACCUCGGCAUGAUCAAGUCUCAGAUUUCCUGCGCCAAAGAUAUCCACAACGCUUUGCUGGAGUGUUCCAAGAAGAUUGCAGGAAAGGGACAGCCUCAGGGAAUCAUGUAGACCUGGACCUGACUACCCCAACUCUUUUUGCAUCCGAUGGCAUUUUUGUGCGAGAUGAUGGAUUUCAUAUUUGGCACUGCCCCAUAUUCAGAACUUAGUUUUUGCGCUACAUUGGUCAAGAUGCUGUUUUAUUUCUCAAGAUCCUGUAUAUUUGUUUUUUCUGUUUUUUUUUUUUUUAAGUUAUGUUUCUUAUAAACACGCUGUGUAAAUAUUUCUGACAAUAAGUCCUGUUGUAAGAUGACCAGCAGGUGGUGGCAGAGUUGUAACUGCCAACUCAAUAUUCACAAGUCUUUUUGUAGCUUAUUUGUAUUGAAAAUUAAAACCUUUCUACUGAUUA